CUUCCCCUCCUGUGACAGAGCAGAUAAAUAUUAGAGAAACAAAAGUCCAGAAUGCUAAGGUUGCCACUCUCACUUCCUCUGGCCCCUUAAGCUAGCACUGCUUUGAAUACAGUCAUUGCCGUGGGGAACCGAGCAGGGGAGAGAAGACAGCAGUGCCUCGGAGGCUGCCCUGGUGCGUCAUGCUUUCACAGGGCCACUUUUGGUCGCAGAAAAUGCCAGGAUGAUGCCGCCCACCCGCCUGGCUGGGACUCUGAUCCCAGCCAUGGCCUUCCUCUCCUGCCUGAGACCUGAGACCUGGGACCCUUGUGUGCAGGUGGUUCCUAACACUACUUACCAAUGCAUGGAGCUGAAUCUCUACAAAAUCCCUGACAACAUCCCCAAAUCAACCAAGAAACUGGACUUGAGCUUUAACCCCCUGAGGCGUUUAGGCAGCCAUAGCUUCUCCAACUUCCCAGAACUGCAGGUGCUGGAUUUAUCCAGAUGUGAAAUACAGAUGAUUGAAGAUGAUGCAUAUCAGGGUCUAAACCAUCUCUCCACUUUGAUAUUAACGGGAAAUCCUAUCCAGAAGUUAGCCCUGGGAGCCUUUUCUGGACUCUCAAGUUUACAGACUUUGGUGGCCGUGGAGACAAACCUUGCAUCUCUAGAGGAUUUCCCCAUUGGACAUCUCAAAACCUUGAAGGAGCUUAAUGUGGCUCACAAUCUUAUCCAUUCCUUCCAAUUACCUGAAUAUUUUUCUAACAUGCCCCACCUGGAGCACUUGGACCUUUUCAAUAACAAGAUCCAAAAUAUUUAUCAUAAAGACUUGCAUGUUCUACGUCAAAUGCCCCUAAUCAGCCUCUCUUUAGACUUGUCCCUGAACCCUUUAGAUUUUAUCCAACCAGGUGCCUUUAAAGAAAUUAAGCUCAAUGAACUGACUUUGAGAAGUAAUUUUGAUAGUAUAGAUGUAAUGAAAACUUGUAUUGAAGGUCUGGCUGGUUUAAAAAUCAAUCGGUUGGUUCUGGGACAAUUUAAAAAUGAAAGGAACUUGAAAAGAUUUGACAAAUCUGUCCUGGAGGGACUGUGCAAUAUGACCAUUGAAGAAUUCCGAGCAGCACACUUUGAUGACUUCUCAGAGGAUUCUAUUGACUUAUUUAAUUGUUUGGCAAAUGUUUCUAAAAUUUCUCUGGUGAGUCUGGAUUUAAGCGAGCUAAAGAGUUUUCCUAAAAGUUUCAGAUGGCAAGCCUUAGAAUCGGUUAAGUGUAACUUUGAACAAUUUCCCAUGUUGGAGCUCCCCUCUCUCAAAAGGUUAGUUUUUACUUCCAACAGAGGUUUGAACAGUUUUACAGAAGUUAAGCUACCAAGCCUUGAGUUUCUAGAUCUCAGUAGAAAUGGCUUGAGUUUCAAGGGUUGCUGUUCUUGGCGUGAUCUGGAGACAACCAGACUGAAGCAUUUAGAUCUGAGCUUCAAUGACGUUAUUACCAUGAGUUCAAACUUCAUGGGCUUAGAGCAACUAGAAUAUCUGGAUUUCCAGCAUUCCAAUUUGAAACAGGGCAAUGAUUUUCCAGUAUUUCUAUCACUCAAAAACCUCCGUUACCUUGAUAUUUCUUACACUAACACCCGAGUUGUCUUCCAUGGCGUCUUUGAUGGUUUGGUCAGCCUCCAAGUCUUAAAAAUGGCUGGCAAUUCUUUUAAGGACAACUCCCUUCCAAAUGUCUUCAGAGCACUGACUAACCUGACCUCUCUGGACCUCUCAAAGUGUCAACUGGAACAGGUGUCCCAGGAGGCAUUUUACUCACUCCCUAGACUUCGGUUGCUAAAUAUGAGUUACAACAACCUCUUGUCCUUGGACACACUUCCUUACAAACCUCUCCACUCCCUCCAGAUUCUGGAUUGCAGUUUUAACCGUAUAGUGGCCUCCAAGGGGCAAGAACUACAACAUUUUCCAAGUAGCCUAGCUUCCUUAAAUCUUACUCAGAAUGACUUUGCUUGUGUUUGUGAACACCAGAGUUUCCUGCAAUGGGUCAAGGACCAGAGGGACAUCUUGGUGGACGUUGAACAACUGGUGUGUGCAAAAUCUUCAGAUAUGCAGGGCAUGCCCGUGCUGAGUUUUAGGAACGCCACCUGUCAGAUGAACAAGACUAUCAUUGGCAUAUCAGUUUUCGCUGUACUCACGGUUUCUGUGGUAGUAGUUCUGGUCUAUAAGUUCUAUUUCCACCUGAUGCUUCUUGCUGGCUGCAAAAAGUAUGGGAAAGGUGAAAGCACCUAUGAUGCCUUCGUUAUCUACUCAAGCCACGACGAAGACUGGGUGAGGAAUGAAUUGGUAAAGAACUUGGAGGAGGGGGUGCCCCCCUUUCAGCUCUGCCUUCACUACAGAGACUUUAUUCCUGGUGUGGCCAUCGCCGCCAACAUCAUCCAGGAGGGUUUCCACAAAAGCCGGAAGGUUAUUGUCGUGGUGUCCCAGCACUUCAUCCAGAGCCGAUGGUGUAUCUUUGAGUAUGAGAUUGCCCAGACCUGGCAGUUUCUGAACAGUCAUGCUGGCAUCAUCUUCAUCGUCCUGCAGAAGUUGGAGAAGUCCUUGCUUCGGCAGCAGGUGGAACUGUAUCGCCUUCUCAGCAGGAACACUUACCUGGAGUGGGAGGACAGUGUCCUGGGGCGGCACAUCUUCUGGAGACGACUCAGAAAAGCCUUGCUGGAUGGUAAAACAUGGAGUCCAGAAGAAACAGCAGAUGCAGAAAGCAACCAGCAUGAUGCAGAAAACUCCACCUGAGGAGGAAACACCCCUGAGGUGCUUCUGGCCCAGCUGGACCCAAUACUUGUUCAGUUAAUGAGUAUUAAGUGCUGCAAAAUACCAGGCAUUGUGCUAAGGGCAGGGGAUUCAGGGAUGCACAAGAUAUGCAGGGCUGCUAACCUCAUGGAGUUUACAGUGCAGAGGGAAUAAAUACUGUGCUAAACUACAGAACCUCCAGCUGGAUGUUUCAACCAAGUCAGCUAAGGAGUCCAUGACGGGGAAAGUCAACUCAACUCUUAGCCCAUCAGAUUGAAUUAAAACUAAGAGACUGGGCCCCAGUGAGAUCAGAAAAGGACAGAGUUCUUCUCCUGAGUCCUUUGAAUGGAAACCACCUCGUAUUUGACGUUUUAGCCAUCCAAAAACAAAGCAGUUUUGAUAGUUUCAAUUGAACUGGGUCUUGGCUCACUUUUCCCUUUUCUACUGAAUACCAUUUCAAUUCUUCUUGGUGACUCAGAAGGCUCUUGAUUCAGAUACUCCCUCCACUUUAAGUCAGUUUCCUUACGAAGGUUAAAAUCCUGUGACUAAUUCCUAAGGAAAUCUGAUUAACCCAUA